AUGUAUGACACCUGUCAGAGGGCCCCUGGGGGAAAUGCCACCCCUGGGAGGGCCUUUAGGGGCUCCGGCGCUUCUGGGAAAACCCCUGGCGGCUCAACCGGCCCUGGGCGGGUCCCUGGGGGCGGCACCGGCCCUGGGAUGACGCUUCGGGGCGCUGUCGCCCAAGGGAGGACCCUUGGGGUCGUUGCCGCCUCUUGGAGAGCCCCCGUCACUCCUGGGAGGGCCCUUGUGGAUUAUGACGCCCCUGGGAGGGACCCUGACGGCUCUGCCACCCCUGGGAGGGCCCUUGUGUGCGCCAGGGCCCCAGGAAAAGACCGUGAAAGGGAACCUGGGGUCGUUGCCAACCCUGUGGGGCUCCUGGAGGCUCCGCCACCCCUGGAAGGGCCCCUGCGGGCGCCGUCUCCCCUAGGAGGGCCCCUUGGGGCGCUGCCACCUUUGGAAGGGUCCCUGUUGUUGCCCCCGUCCCUAGGGCCCCUGGGAGAGGUACCACCCCUAGGAGGACGUUUGGGGUCGCUGUCGCCCAAGGGAGGGCCCUUGGAGUCGUUACCGCCUCUUGGAAGGCCCCCGUCACUACCAGGAGGGCCCCUGUGGAUUACCACGCCCCUAGGAGGGACCCUAACGGCUCCGCCACCCCUGGGAGGGCCCUUGUGGGCGCCGGGGCCCCUGGAAAAGCCCCUGAAGGGGAAGCCUGGGGUAGUGGCCAACCCUGUGGAGCUCCUGGAGGCCCCGCCACCCCUGGAAGGGCCCCUGCGUGCGCCGCCUCCCCUAGGAGGGCCCCUUGGGGCGCUGCCACCUUUGGAAGGGUCCCUGUUGUUGCCCCCGUCCCUGCAAGGGCCCCUGGGGAUGCUGCCACACAUGGGAGGUACACUGGGACCGCCACCAGCUCUGAAAAGUCCCCUGGGCGCCAAUGGGAGGGACCCUGUGUACAUCAAUACCCCUCGGGGGCCCCUAGCGGCGCUGCAACUCAUAUGGGCCCCUGGGGGAGGUGCCACCCUGGGAGGGCCCCUAAGGGCGCCGGCUGUUCUGGGAAAACCCCUGGCGGCUCAACCGGCCCUGGGCGGGCCCCUGGGAGCGCCACCUCCCCUGGGAGGACGCUUGGGGGGGCUGUCGCCCAAGGGAGGGCAUUUGGAGUCGUUACCGCCUCUUGGAGGGCCCCCGUCACUACUGGGAGGGCCCCUGUGGAUUACCACCCCCCUGGAAGGGACCCUAACGGCUCCGCCACCCCUGGGAGGGCCCUUGUGGGCGCAGCGGCACCUGGAAAAGCCCCAGAAGGGGAAGCCUGGGGUCAUUGCCAACCCUGUGGAGCUCCUGGAGGCCCCGCCACCCCUGAAAGGGCCCCUGCGUGCGCCGCCUCCCCUAGGAGGGCCCCUUGGGGCGCUGCCACCUUUGGAAGGGUCCCUGUUGUUGCCCCCGUCCCUGCAAGGGCCCCUGGGGAUGCUGCCACACAUGGGAGGUACACUGGGACCGCCACCAGCUCUGAAAAGUCCCCUGGGCGCCAAUGGGAGGGACCCUGUAGGGCCCCUGGGGGAGGUGCCACCCCUGGGAGGGCCUCUAGGUGCGCCGGCUGGUCUGGGAAAACCCCUGGCGGCUCAACCGGCCCUGGGCGGGCCCCUGGGAGCGCCACCUCCCCUGGGAGGACGCUUGGGGGCGCCGUCGCCCAAGGGAGGGCAUUUGGAGUCGUUACCGCCUCUUGGAGGGCCCCCGUCAAUACUGGGAGGGCCCCUGUGGAUUACGACCCCCCUGGAAGGGACCCUAACGGCUCCGCCACCCCUGGGAGGGCCCUUGUGGGCGCAGCGGCACCUGGAAAAGCCCCAGAAGGGGAAGCCUGGGGUCAUUGCCGUCCCUGUGGAGCUCCUGGAGGCCCCGCCACCCCUGAAAGGGCCCCUGCUGGCACCGCCUCCCCUAGGAGGGCCCCUUGGGGCACUGCCACUUUUGGAAGGGUCCCUGUUGUUGCCCCCGUCCCUGCAAGGGCCCCUAGGGAUGCUGCCAAACAUGGGAGGGCCCCUUGGGGAGGUGCCACCCCUGGGAGGGCCCUUAGGGGCGCUGGCGCUUCUGGGAAAACCCCUGGCGGCGCAACCGACCCUGGGUGGGCACCUGGGGGCACCACCGUGCCUGGGACGCCGCUUAUGGGCGCUGUCGCCCAGGGGAGGGCCCUUGGGGUCGUUACCGCCUCUUGGAGGGCCCCCGUCACUACUGGGAGGGCCCCUGUGGAUUACCACGCCCCUGGAAGAGACCCUAACGGCUCCGCCACCCCUGGGAGGGCCCUUGUGGGCGCAGGGGCUCCUGGAAAAGCCCCAGAAGGGGAAGCCUGGGGUCAUUGCCGUCCCUGUGGAGCUCCUGGAGACCCCGCCACCCCUGAAACGGCCUCUGCUGGCGCCGCCUCCCCUAGGAGGGCCCCUUGGGGCACUGCCACCUUUGGAAGGGUCCAUAUUGUUGCCCUCGUCCCUGCAAGGGCCCCUGGGGAUGCUGCCACACAUGGGAGGUACACUGGGACCGCAACCGGCUCUGAAACGUCCCCUCGGGCGCCAAUGGGAGCGACCGUGUGUACACCAAUACCCCUCGGGGGGCCCCUAG